AUGUUUUGGAGGUUCUGUACCAUUUAUUCAUUUUUUUUUUUGCAGACAGUUGAAGAAUAUCGGAACGUUUGGAAAAAUGAGGUGAUCGAAUGGUUCGGAGCACUGAACAAAAUUGAGGGUGCAGAGUGGUUGAUUGUAUUUGACAGUGUAAAUGCGCGAGAAAAGAAGAAUCGCGGGGCGUUGAUCGAGCGGAUCAAAAGUGAUUUCUCGAAAUACACGAACAGGUGA